AUGCAUUGCCGGGCGGACUUUUUUUUUUUCUUUAUCUUUAACCCCGCCUUCCUAACCUGCGCCCAUUGCUUAACCUGCGCUCCCCCUUCCUACUUCCCCCGACUUUUCCGCUACUCUCCUCAUAUCUCUCUCCCUCUCGUUUUUUCCGCGAUUGGAAAAACCCUAGCUUUUGUCUGCUUGUUUUCGCUGCAGAAAUCGGCAAUCUGAGAAAGCUGCGAUCUUUACUGGAAAUUAGUAGCUGGUUUAUUAUGAUGAGGAAUGCUAAAAUGCACAGCUGCAAACCACAUUCCGGUGGAUUCAUGUAAGGGAGGUUGUCUAUAUUGACCAAAAAUAGCCCCAGCGGGCCUCCUUUUAAGUUUAUCAUUUGCUUAGGUCUACUGAUCAGCCCACGACUGGGUCAGGGUUGCUGCCCACGAUUAGGAGGAUCAAUCAGCUGACAGGCCGGUUUUGCUAGACACAUGGCUGGUCACCUUUUCCAGCUGCACAACCAUAUCACUGAUAUGCAUGAUUGUGGCACAACAAUUCCUCUAAUAGAUAAAGGAAGGAUGGGCUGCCAGACUAUUAUCAUGAAUGAGAUGGGUUUCUUCUAAUCAGCACAAUCUGUAACUAAAGAAACUGCAAUUAAUCAGGUGUAUUUUGGUUCGAGUUUUUAGAAAAUGGACCGUUGUGAUACAUCAGGGUUUGUUAGCGGAGGAGGGACAUAAUCCUUGAAAAACCUUGUGAUCUAGUUUUGUUCAUGCUUUCCUAAUGCCGGACGUCAAGGUGGCUGGUUUUUACAUCAAGAUGCGGUUUAUAUAAGAGGGUCCUCUUUUCAGCCAAUUGUACAUCAUGGAUAACAGGUUUCAACGCUUUGGUUUUGCAACCAAUCACUCUUCAAAUGCGUUUGAAAAUCUUAGCAGAGUUGCUCGAGUUGGUGCUGAUUACUGCAUGGAUACCAUUUUGCGACUUGAUUCCCCUGGUGCCUCUGGCUUGUAUCUUUCUGCUGCAAAGGGCACCAAGCGGAAGUGGGGUGCUAUUGAUGGAACCGGGUGUCUGGUAGAUGGCUCUUCGCUGGUUCUUGGUCUAGGCCAUUCCUCAAGUUCCUCCGAUAGCAAGGGAAGUUCUGCAACAGCCUGCACCAUGUCUUCAGCCAAGGAAACCGAUGAAGAGUCCUCCAUGGAUCUAGGCUUGAAUUUUCAUCUUCACCUUGGCAAUGAGAAGACAUCCAGCCCAAAGAAAACUGCUGUUGCUGCUACAAAGGCUAUUGAAACGGAAUCCAAGUUUGACCUCCAACUGAGUCUCUCGAUGGGAUCAGCUGAAUCCGAAAUUACCAGUAACACUCCAAGCUCAGCUCAAUGGCAGAGCAAAACUGAGGCAUCAUUAAUGAUCGGCAAGGUGCCAGUUGGGGAUGAAGGAUCUACAUCAUCAUACAGGAAUUUACAGACUUCUAUUCCGCCUUUGCAUGUGGCAGAGAUCAGUUUUGUUUCACGUCCAAUUACGAGCAAGACGAAUCCAAUUCCAGCUGUUCCGGGACUCUCAUCAACCGUGAUAUCAGCUCCAAAAAGCUCAGUCACCUGUACUUCCGGGCUUACUCAGCAACGGCGUAGUCCUAAUACAAAGAUCUGUCAGUUCAAUGGAUGUGGAAAGGGAGCCAGGGGUGCUUCUGGCCUGUGCAUUGCCCAUGGUGGUGGCCGGAGGUGUCAGAAACAGGGCUGCGAUAAGGGAGCAGAGGGCCGAACUGUGUACUGCAAGGCUCAUGGUGGAGGCCGACGAUGCCAACAUCUCGGUUGCACAAAGAGUGCUGAAGGCCGCACAGAUUACUGUAUAGCCCACGGUGGGGGCCGCCGGUGCAGCCAUGAAGGUUGCAGUAGAGCUGCAAGGGGGAAAUCUGGUUUGUGCAUCAGGCACGGAGGUGGCAAGAGGUGCCAGAAGGAAAAUUGCACAAAGAGUGCUGAAGGUUUCUCUGGCCUCUGCAUCUCUCACGGAGGUGGGCGCCGCUGCCAGUUUUCAGCAUGCUCAAAGGGUGCUCAAGGGAGCACAAUGUUUUGCAAGGCACACGGCGGGGGCAAGAGGUGCACAGUUGCAGGGUGCACAAAGGGGGCAGAAGGGAGCACAGCCUUCUGUAAGGGCCAUGGUGGAGGGAAGCGCUGCUCAUUUGAAGGGGGUUGCCCAAAGAGUGUGCAUGGCGGGACCCAGUUUUGUGUUGCACAUGGAGGUGGGAAGAGAUGUGCUGUUGCAGAGUGCACCAAGAGCGCAAGGGGGAGAACGGAUUUUUGUGUUCGCCACGGUGGGGGUAAGCGAUGCAAGCAUGAAGGAUGUGGGAAGAGCGCACAGGGAAGCACCAACUUCUGCAAGGCGCAUGGCGGAGGCAAGAGGUGCUCUUGGGUGCAGCCGGGAUCAGGCAUCGGCGGCCAAGCCCCCUGUGAACGGUUUGCUAGGGGGAAGACCGGGCUCUGCGCUGCACACAGUGCACUGGUCCAAGACCAGCGUGUGCAUGGUGGGGGUACACUUGGAUGCGACGACCAGGACCCAAAGCCUAGUAAGGCUGAGAAGAUGAAAGACACUGCUAUUGAAGAAAUGAAUGUGGAUUUCUCGGAGGCAUGCAAUGAUGGCGAGAAAUCUCUAGGUUGGAACAGUUUUGAUCCAAAGACAUGCAUAAACCUUUCCAUCUCAAUGCAGGCACAGGCACAGGCACAGGUCCAUUCUCUAAUGGGUGAAGCAGCCUCGCAGGCCAGCACGGCCGACCUUCCAGAAGGGAGGGUGCAUGGCGGAAUUCUGAUGGCAAUGCUGGCCAGGGGCACCGGAAAUUGAGUAGAUACCAGUCCACCUGAGCCCCGGAAAGUCCCUUAAAGUAAAUAAGUAGGUUCUCUUUCACUUGUCUUUGAUUUGGUAUUAGCAGGAGUCGGGUCUUUUGGUGUUUUGUGGUUUUGGGAAGAAAACCCAAGUUUUUAUCUCAUCCAUUGUCAUGUGUCAUGUAUGGUUCGGACUUGGAACGAAGUGAUUGGCUUUGA